AUGGCCCUGCACUACCGACAUCUGGCUGCCCAGCUGUCUCGGCACCUGCGGAAAAAGCCAUUGUCACAAGUCCUCUUGGAUCGUGCGCGCGGUCACACCGUAUCGGCGCGCGACCCAGUCACAGGUGGUGUGCACUGCUCUCUGGGCGGUGAUGACUAUAGCUUCAUCGUGACUUCCACGCUGGCUUCUCAGUGUGGACCUGCCGUCGGUCGUGCUCUGGGUGCCACCCUGGCACAUCAUUUGCGCGUACCUUGUCGCUUCGAGCAUGACUUUGUUUCUUUCGUCAGCCUGGGUGAUGGCUCGGUCAGCAAUUCCCACACAGCCUCAGCCCUCACCCUGGCCGAGUACGCACGCCAUCGCAAGUUCAAGUGUCCCGUGGUGUUUGCUAUUUCCAACAACGACCUCAGCAUUUCACUUAAAGGCCAGGGCUGGCUCCUGGACAGUUUCAUCAACCAUCUUCCCUUCCCACACUUCAUCUGCGACGGGCGUGACAUGGUCUCCAUGUGGAAUGCCACAGAAAAGGCCAUCAAACGAGCUCGCGACACCAGCUCGCCCGUGGUUUUGAUGAUGAAUAACAUGCCUCGUCGCUUCGGUCACGCCGCUACCGAUCGUCAGAAUGCCUAUCUCACACCCGAAGAAAUCAGCCGCUUUGCAAGCACCAGCCCAAUCACAUGUCAGUUCUCAGCCGUUUUGCUACCCUGCACUCCGGUGACAAGCUUUGGCUCGUUUAACAUUUCUCCUAGCUUCAUGCUCACCAACAGAUCGAUUGUGUGUACGUUUGCUACUUCCCGGUUAGACGCCUGCGCACAAGCCAUUGAGAUGGGGGUCAUGGAUGAGGCGAAUCUGCUACGCACACUGCAAGAUCUCCAGUCACAAACUAUCGAUGCUUUUGCCCAGGCGAGCGAAGAGUCGCCCGUGAGCGCCACGCAGCUCAUGAAGCGUGUCAAUGCACCCUCGGACAUGUUUCCCACCACCAAUCCAGACAGCGAGCCGCAGGCGGCACCAUCCAUGAGCGACGCCGCAACAGACAACGAAUCUGUGACGGGUAAUGUGGCCCCCCUCGGCUGGGCUGGCCAUGUGCGCCAUGAACACGUGGGACGAGACGGAACAGACACUCCUGUGCGCCAAGUCAUGCGCAAGUGCAUGACCAAAUCACUCGAUGACUGUUUGCGCCAGAACGAAGAGGUCGUGUACAUUGGCGAGGACGUGUGUCAUGGUGGAUACUAUCUUGUGACGGAUGGCCUUGCCCGGCAGUACCCGUUGCGCGUAGCCGAUUUUCCUCCAGAUGAAACCUCACUGCUGGCGUGUGGCAUGGGCUAUGCCCAAGCUGGGCUUGUGCCUAUUGUUGAAAUACCAUACGCCAAAUACCUGGAUUGCGGCUUUGACAUGCUGACCGAAGCAGCCAUCAUGAGCUGGCUCACCAAAGGGCAACAGCAAAAUGGCAUGAUCAUCCGCCUUCAGGGCUUUGGCCCUGGCAUCUUUGGUGGCAACUACCAUACACACAACCAAAUACAUCUCAUGCCAGGACUGGAUGUUGUCUGCUAUAGCAACGGUCGCGACUGGCAGCGUGGCAUGUCUAAUGCGCUCUAUCUGGCCAAACAAGGCCGGGUUGUCAUGUUGGUUGAUUCAACGGCCUUGUUGAACCGUCGCCAUGUCGUCAACGGCGAUGAAGCUUGGAAGUUUGCCCUGGAGGAUCAUCCAGAGCGCCUCAGCUUGGAAGAUGUCAUGGUGUACGGAACCGAGACGCCAGAGGGCGAGGCGAUUGCGACCCCCUUCGACGCCGUCGUCGUCACGUACUCCACUGGGGUGCCAACGAGCUUGGUCGCACGUGAGAUGCUCCACAAAGAGCAUGGCCUCAACGUGGCUGUCAUUGAUUCGCCGUACUUGAGCCGUGUGCCACAAGGGUUGAAGCAAGCGCUCAACUCUGACUUUGCCGGCGUACCCGUCCUGUUUGCUGAUGUGUGCAAGGCGGGUGCCUCUCCUCUGAGUGGCUUCCUACCCGAGUUGAAGCGCCAAGGUGCCUUGCCGGAUCGGUGGGCGUUGACAGCAUCAAUGCCCACGUAUAAUCCUCUGGGCUCAGAUGUGACUUUCUUGUCCGAAAGCCAGGUCGUGCGGGAGAUACGCAAUCUCGUCUAAUGCCAAUCCCGACCUAGCGCAGACUACUUGGCCGCCUCUUGGGGGUGAGCCUCCUGCUCACAUGAAAAUUCAAUAGCACCGCUGUCUAGAA